GGAAAGGAAGAGAUUGUUUUCCCUACUUCAGUUCUUGAAAGUUUCGUUAAGAAGCUUAUUUUGACAAAUUUAUUUAUCGGAAUCUCAUUUAUAUUUGCCAUGCCACGAAAACGGAAUGCACUUCGACUCGAAAGGUUAUGUUUGACGAGGAUUUGUAAGUCUAUGGAGAAAUACUGGUACCGGCCGUUUGAGGAACAAUUUGGGAACACCAGCCGUCUUUUGCAUGUCAUUGGCCCUUUUGAUCAUAUUUCAAGCGAGCUUAUACAGAAAGUAAUUGAUGUUCUGGUGGAAAACAAGCUCUUUAACCCAAAAUAUCUGCAGCUGUUGUUUAGCAACCAUCUGAACCAACUAGAUCUGUCGAAGGCCAACACCAGCAUCAGGCAAAACAGCAUUGCCGAGACUAUAGGCAUCCGCUGCAAUAAUUUGACAAGACUAUGCCUGAAACACUGCUCUGGUUUGGCAAACAAGAGUCUCGUUACCAUGGUUACAUAUUUGAAGAAACUGCAACAUUUGAAUCUAGCGAGUACUAAAAGUGACAACCAGGUUUUAGCAGCUAUUGCCAAAAACUGCAAAGAUUUGUUGACACUAGAUGUGGCGUGUACACAGAUCCGAACUCUUCAGCCUCUGUUAUUGGAACCUAACCAACCAAUAGGAUCGCUUCCUUGUUCAAAGCUCCGAUGUGUGGACUUUUACCUGUUAAUGUUGCCUCAAGAACAUGUUGCUGAUUUUCUCAAAGAGAGAUCUCAUAUCCUUACAGAUUUUAUUUUUGACCAUAUGACAGAAACCAUUGACAAUUUAACACACAGCGAAACUGCCUGCUCAUUUAGUGACCUUGCCCUUCAAAAUGGCUCUGAAAAUGACUUACAAGAAAAACUGGAUACAUCUGGAGAAUUAAGUGUUCAAAGUUUGAAAAUUCGUACAUUGAACUGUGAUUUGUAUCAUUACAGCCCUGAAAAUGUACAAUGUCUUAAUGCAACUGUUUUGACGUGCCCCGACGUCACCACGGUAACGCUGACCAAUGUCAGCAAUGGCAGCCAUCUUCUUCCUUUGAAAAACUUGGCAAACCUCUCUAAACUUUCAAUCAAUCUUUGUGAAGACUGCCGUGACGACGGACUUCUUCAUUACGACACAGGAAUAAAGCCAGUUUUGGAGAAGCAGGGCAACAAAAUUAUUUCCCUUGAACUGCAUGGAUUUGCAGUUGUAGAUAAUCGGUCCGUAGGUGUCCUUUGCCCAAACAUCAAAAGGAUUGACCUCUUCCAAGCCAGACUUGCCCCCCUGGAUGAUUCUGUGAGUGAGGAUGGGCAAUUUUUUAGGAAACUGGAGGAAUUUAUUUACCAUCUGUCCGAAGAUGAGGAAGUGGAUCCAGAUGAAGAGGCCUCCCCUUUAUCAUUUGUUCUUGAAAAUGCCAGUGCUUUGAGGUGCUUGAAGCUCACAAAGUGUGCGGAACUUAACGAUUCCAUUAUUUCAAAAGCGAUUGAAGAACAUUCUUUCACAAACCUGGAAGUGUUACAACUGUCAGAAUGUAACUGUGUCACGUGUGAAGGUAUUGAAAGUCUACUUUUCACAGACAACGGCCUGAAGGAAAUGAAACUUGACAACUGCUGGGGGAUUCACAAUUCAGACUUUCAGAGCUGCAAGUCUUUCGUCAAGAAACAUAAUCUUGACGUGAACCUGGUUUGGGUUUGAUUUAAGGCCACACAAACUACUGUAUUUGUUGUAGUAAAUACCUUUUUCCAUGUAGCAGACCUGAUUUCUUGGUUGUGAAAAAAACAGGAACGUAUAACCUUUUGAUAAGGCGAUAACGUAAUCAUGGCAUCGUACCCAAUAUGGUUUGAUCGUCCAUUUUGUUAUUCAGUGUUGUUGAUUGUUAGAGUUCACACAAUUUUAAAUUUUCUGUUUCUUUUGAAUACCAUUAUCAUUUUAGAUUAAGGAUAAAAACAUGCCUAUAUUUUACUUAUGGUUUGUAAACGUUAUAUAUGAUUUCAAAUUAUUCCUACCAAUGAAUGAAAUGUAACAGGUUUUCAUCCAGAAAGCAAGCACUUCUCUAGGAUACUAGGAUACAUGUAUAUUUGAAAAUGUGAAGUUUGAAUAAAUAAGUUAUUGCCUAUCUGUGAUAUAUUUAUAAAAUAAAUAUCUCUUAAUCAUGUAUAUUAUAUUUUAUUUUUACUCUAGAUACCUGUACAUGCAUGCUAAAUUAUAUCUCUGACUAUUUUGACAGAAUAUAUUACAUAUCUGUCAGUCAGGAGUUACUGCCCUUUUUGGAAUUUGAACAUUACAAAUAUCCUGUUGUCAAAAAAUGUUGUCCCUCUGUUCCAUCUGAUUUCCUUAAAAUUUGGUAGAGUUAACCACCAUUAUAAAUGUAUUUGUAAAUAUAUAUGAGGCAUUUUGAUCAAAAUAUAUUUUACAGGGUUAUUGCCCGUUUUUGAAACAUAUUUAGUUCAUUUACCAACAGGAAGGACACAUGCAUUUUUUAUAUGGACCAAGAUGUGAAAACAGUCCUCACAUUUCACCUCUGAUCAAUAUUUUACAUAUGUGGAGGUGGAUGGUUGUCUCCCCUUUGUUUGAGUGCCUUAAAUAUUAUAUUAAUAAAUCUUUCUAAUGUUUAUUGUAAAUGUCUUUUAACAAUCACCAUUUCCUUUUUCUACCUGAUGUAAUUCCAAAUUUAUAAUAACAUUUUCAGUUUAUGUAACUAAAAUAUGUGUUAUUUCCACAGACCAAACAGCUAGAUUUUGGAUGUUGUAAUGUAGAAUUUUGUUUGAAUUCAAAUGUAGUCUAUUUUUUUAGGUGCCCUGUC